AUGCAGGCCAAGCUGCUCCUCCCCAUCCUCCUGGCCGGAGCCAUCGCCGGCGCCGACACCGACACCAACAGCAGCAAGGAUGAGCGCGUGCUGGGCGUCUACAUCUUCCACCGCCACGGCGACCGCACCGCCAAGGCGUGGAAGCCCGUCAACCUGACGGCCCUGGGCGCGGACCAGGCCCACUCGUCGGGCGCCUACUACCGCUCGCGCUACGUGCGGCCGGACCCGGCCCGCGGCCCGGGCCCGGUCGUCGUCGGCGCCCACGCCGGCGCCGCCCGUCCCAUCAGCCCGGACACGGCCGUCCCCGCGCAGCUGGCCGUCACCGCGCCCCGUGACCCCGUGCUGUACUCGUCGGCCCUCGCCUUUCUCCAGGGCUUGUACCCGCCCCUCGCCGCCGCCGCCGCCGCCGACGAGAGGCUCGCCAAUGGAUCCCGCGUCGCCGCGCCCCUCGGCGGCUACCAGUACGUCCCCGUCGACCCCGUCGGCGACGGCGAUUCUGCCGACAGGCCCGAGGACAAUGCCUGGCUCCAGGGCGGCAGCGGGUGCGUCAAUGCCGAGGUCAGCUCCAACGGCUACUUUGCCUCGGCCGAGUACCGCGCCACGUACGACGGCUCCCUCGACUUCUACCGCCGCCUGCUGCCCGUCGUCAACGCCACCUACGACGAGGAUGCCGUCAGCUUCAAGAACGCCUACAGCAUCUUCGACCUCAUCAACGUCGCCACCAUCCACAAUGCCUCCAUCCCUUCCUCCUCCCUGCUAACCCCCGCGGCCCUCGCGCGCCUCUACAGCCUCGCCUCCGCACACGAGUGGAACCUGGCCUACAACGCCAGCGAGCCCGUGCGCGCCAUGGCCGGCGCCGUCCUCGCCGGCCAGGUCGUCGACGCCCUGCAGGCCAUCGUCGACGCCAAGCCCAAGGCGCCGCGGCUCCACGCCCAGUUCGGCGCCUACGGCACCUUCAUGGCCUUCUUCGGCCUCGCCCGGCUGCCGGCCGCCAGCCCCGACUUCUACGGCAUCUGCAACUACGCUUCCUCCAUGGCCUUUGAGCUCGUCACCGACGCGCCCAUCGGUGCCAAGGUCCGCGACGACGACGUUGCCGUGCGCUUCCUCUUUGCCAACGGCACCGCCGCGGAGCACGGCCUCGAGGCCUACCCGCUCUUUGGCCAGGACCGGCUCACGCUCCCGUGGCACGACUUCAAGGCGGCCAUGAGCAAGUUUGCCAUUGUCGACUCCGAGCACUGGUGCGGCCUCUGCGGCAAGACCGACGGCAAGUGCGCUUCCACGGCCACGGCCGCUCUCGACGGUAAUGCGUUCUCCCGGGCCUCGAGCGACAAGGGCGUCUCCAGGCCCGUCGCCGGUGUCAUUGGCGCCCUCGUCACCCUCGUCGUCAUCCUCGCUGUCCAGGCCGCCGUCAUGCUGUUCGGUGGCCUUCGCCUCGUCAAGAAGUCGACGCUUGCCGGGGCCCAUCAAAGCGGCGUCGGGGUCGAGGCCGCUGGUGCCAAGUCCGGAGCUGCACUCGCGCGACCUGGAUGA